AUGUCCAUCUCGCAUUCCAAACGUCUCAAACCGGAGUCCGUCGCCGAAUACAAGGCCCUCCACGCCGCCGUCUGGCCCGGCGUUCUCGCCGCGCUGCAGCGGCACCAUAUCGCCGACUACUCCAUCUACCACUACCCGCCGCUCAACCUCCUCGUCGCCACCUUCAAGUACACCGGUGAGGACUAUGCGAAGGAUAUGGCAGGCAUCGCGGCGGACCCCGAGACGCAGCGGUGGUGGAAGGUCACGGACGGGAUGCAGGAGAGUUUCAAUGAGGGCGCGACGGGGAGCGCAGGGGAGGUGCCGUGGUGGACGGAGCUGGAGGAGGUGUUUAGGUUCGAAGGACAGGCUUGACCCGUAUACCAGCAGCGUGUGAGAGGAUGUAACAGCAAUCAUGACCGCACUUGCCUGUUCCCUGCUUGCGUUGCAACCUCAGGACAGGCUACGUACGCGUGAAGCUAUGCUGAGUUUACCGUAUUCGUG